UCCAAAUAAACGUGAGGGUUUUGGGAGGGUUCUUCGCGAAUGUUACCUCCGUUCGUCUACCUACGAAGAAAAAAGCCAUGAGAAGAGCUUCCUUUUCCCUCUCCGUCCUCAUCAAAUCUUUCUGCUCUUCCCGAAAUACCCCCAGGAUUCUUCAAUCAGCAGCUCGAUCCCCAAUUCUAUUCCCAAAAUGUCCCCAAUCACGAACCCUCCAAACCCUUUCCCGAGCUACCCCUCCCCUCCAUCGAAAACUCAAGCAGCAGUCCGAUCUCGAAGAAGCCUUCGAGUCCGCAACCACGACCGAAGAAAUCCUCACCGCCUUCAACUCUCUAGAAUCGUCCCUAAACCCUAGCGACAAGAGGCUAGGGCUCGCCUGCUUGAAGGUUGGCCAGCAUCUCGAAACCAUCGAAUCCGAUGACCACGAUAAAACCCUAGAAUUCGCUCUCAGAGCCCUCAAAAUCCUCGACGAAGACCCCGAGGACAGAAUCCCGAUCGCGAUGGCGCUUCAUCUGGUAGGUUCUAUAACUUACAACCUUAAAAGGUUCAAUGAUAGCUUAGGGUUCUUGAAUCGGGCCAAUCGGAUUCUUGCAUCUAUAGGAAAAGAGGAUUCGGUUGGAUUCGAUGUUAGGCCGGUGGUGCAUGCUGUUAACCUUCAAUUAGCUAACACGAAAACUGCGAUGGGACGAAGAGAAGAGGCUUUGGUUAACCUUAGAAAGUGCUUGGAGCUCAAAGAAGAGAUCUUUGAGCCGAAUAGUAAAGAAUUGGGUGUGGGUUAUAGGGAUUUAGCAGAGGCUUAUGCUGCAAUUCUUAAUUUUAAGGAGGCUCUGCCAUUGUGUCUUAAAGCGUUGGAGAUUCAUAAGGCACAAUUAGGGUUGAAUUCAGUUGAAGUCGCUCAUGAUCGAAGGCUUCUUGGUGUAAUAUAUACUGGAUUAGAAGAGCAUGAGAAGGCAUUGGAGCAAAAUGAGCAGUCGCAAAAGGUUUUGAAGAGUUGGGGUUUAGGUUCUGAUCUUCUGCAUACCGAAAUUGAUGCUGCAAAUAUUCAGAUUGCUUUGGGGAAGUAUGAUGAAGCUAUAGAAUCACUCAAGAAAGUGGUUCAGCAAACGGAUAAGGACAGUGAGACCAAAGCAUUGGUGUUUAUUUCCAUGGCGAAAGCAUUGUGUAACCAAGAGAAAUCUGCUGAUGCCAAGAGGUGUUUAGAGAUAGCUUGUGGAAUUCUUGAGAAGAAGGAAGAAGUGUCCCCUUCAGUGGUUGCUGAAGCUUACACUGAAGUAUCAAUGUUGUAUGAGUCAAUGAAUGAGUUUGAGACUGCGAUUUCAUUACUGAAGAGGAGCCUUUCACUGCUCGAAAGGAUCCCACAAGAACAACAUAUGGAAGGGAAUGUGUCAGCAAGAAUUGGGUGGUUGCUUCUGUUGACAGGAAAGGUGGACCAAGCUGUUGCUUAUUUGGAGAGUGCAGCUGAGAGAAUGAAGGAGAGCUUUGGACCGAAGCAUUUUGGAGUCGGAUAUAUUUAUAACAAUUUAGGGGCUGCAUACAUGGAGAUGGACAGGCCACAUACAGCUGCACAAAUGUUUGCUCUUGCAAAGGAUGUCAUGGAUGUCGCUCUGGGGCCACACCAUGCUGAUUCUAUCCAGAGUUGUCAGAGUCUUGCUAAUGCGUAUAGUGCUAUGGGAAGCUACCCCCUUGCUUUGGAAUUCCAACAACAAGUUAUUGAUGCAUGGACAAAUCAUGGUCCCAGUGCUGAAGAGGAGCUUAGGGAAGCUACCCGGCUCUUUGAGCAGUUGAAGAAAAAAGCUUUUGGAUCAGCAACUGGUGUAGUUGCUCAAGACUUUCCAUUAUCUCAAGAAAAUGAUACCACUUUUACCAGAACCAUGCAACACUAGGAGCAAGGUGAGUCACCAAUAGGUUGCGUGCAUGCAAAUUUAUGUUCUUCAUGCAUGAGUCCUGUUCUAUAGAGUUUCAACAUGUGUAUUUUAAUGAUUCAAUUUGUGUUGCUUGGUAUUUUAUUCUACAAUAAUUUAGGUUGAUGGCUUGUUAUAUUGUAAUCUUAUGAAAAUUUAUGUUCUUUAUGUGUAGAUGCAAAUUUAUGUUCUUCAUGCA